AUGGCUCAACAACCUCCACAGCAACCUCCACAGCAGAUUGUUGCGAUUUGCCAUCUUACGGAUUCAAGACUGGAAGAUUUUCGCAGGUUGACCGAUGCUUGGGUCAUCAACGCCGAGGAACACAACAACGGAGCUCUUGUCCAUGUCGUGCUCGAGUGGAGACCAGAUGGACUUGGAUGGGAUGUGAAUAUGGAUUUCGACUUCAACUUCGAUGGCAUUGUAGAUGUAGAUGAAGAUGAGGGCGAAGGGGUGAUCGACGACGAGUGA